AUGUCUGUGAACGAUGUGGUGAUCUCUGGUAUGUCCGGUCGGUUCCCGAUGGCGGACACCACCGAUGAGUUCGCCCGCAAUCUAUUCGCCGGCGUUGAUAUGGUUACGGAGGACGACACCCGAUGGCCCAGAGACAUAUUUAAUGUGAACAAUAGGUUCGGAAAGAUAUUAAAUUACAAUCGGUUUGACUCGACAUUCUUUGGUCUAACGGAGGCAGUGGUCAAUAACCUGGACCCCCAGGGGUGUAUGCAAUUGGAAACUGUGUACGAGGCUAUCGUAGACGCCGGUGUCAACCCUAACAACAUGAGGGGCAGUAAUACUGGAGUAUACGUAGGCGCUAUGGACAUGUCGGUCAUGGGACACAUCACUACGGAUAUGUUUCAGCCGGAUAUCCCUGGAAACAUGCAGUCCCACUUCUACCGGACCACAUGCGAGCAAAACCUUUUCUACGCGAGCCGUAUAUCGUUUGUGUUUGACUUGAAGGGGCCGUCGAUGACAGUGGACACCGCCUGCUCGUCCAGCGCCACCGCUUUUGAAUUGGCCUACACCCAGAUAAUGGCCGGUACGUACAUGACCAUG